AUGGGAGAGCCAUAUGGACUUCUUGACUCUCGAAUUAUCCCUGCGGCUUUUAGUUCUCCCAAAUGUUUUCUUAAGUUCUCCAGGUCUCCUGGAGCUACUCUUCUGGAACGUUCCCUGAAAGACCUGUCCUCCUUUACUCUUAUUCAGUGUUCUGCACUUUUUUGUGUUGACAGCAGAGCAGUUAGAAGAAAGAUUUUGCAUCAGUUAGCAGCUAUCCAAUAUCGAGAACAGAAGUUUCCAGAGAGCUGGCACUUUCAAGCAAGAAUACUUCGUCCACGAACUGAUACUGUGUAUAUGAUUUAUGACAUUAAUGAUAUCCAAUUGGGGCAGUCUCUCAAAAAUGAGCUGAAGCAUAAAGGAUUGCAGGUUCUAACUUGGGAGAAACUUGGACAAUCAAAAGAAGAAUUUCUGAAGACAAAUAGCCCUCUUAUUGCUUCAGCAGCAAAAGUGCUACUGAUACUGACAGAAACAGCAGCAGGAUCUACAUUUGUUUACCACCAAAUAUUAUUUUCUGAGUGGCUAGGGAAGACAAUCUUGAUUGCUGUGUUCCGUAACCCCUGGCCCUUGCUUCGAACAGCACUGAGAGCUAUGCUUGGUGAGAAACCAGCAGUGGAUUUUGAAAAUCAGUUAUAUCCUGUUGCACUAAACAUUCUGGACCAUCAGCUGAAUCCUCCGAGAAGGGUACCUGGUGUGAUUCUGGCGCAGUCAUAUCUAGAAAGGAUGGAGGAGGGGGUAAAACCUCUUAAAGCAUUAACAGUUACCACAGUGGCUUCCUUCAUCUGGCCACAAAACAGUGAUGAAGUAGAACCAAAGGUAUUUAUCAGUUACCAGUGGGACAGUCAAGCAAAGAUUCUAGAAAUCAGCAGAUACUUAGAAGCUAAUGGUUUGCCAUGCUGGACUGACUUGUGUGUGCGUGGGCAGUCAAGAAUAAGAACCCGAACUGAAGCAUCUUCUGACAGAACAGGAGACACUCUGCAUAACAGCAUACAAAGAAGUAUGAAGGCAGCAUUUGCAGUUCUGAGCUGUAUCACUCCAAAAUACAUCCAAUCUGACAACUGUCACAAGGACUUACAGCUAGCUGCAACUCUUCAGAAACCACUAGUUCCAGUUUUGCUGCGUUUUAUGCCCUGGCCUCCUGAUGGAAUUCCAAAGCACAUCCGUCGUUUCCUUUUUAACCACCCAGUCAUUGACCUCAGCACUGAAAGGCUUUUUCAGCAGAAUCUCAGCAUUGUAUUGAGCAGAAUAAAACAGUGUAUUAAAAAUUAAAGCACCACACCUUUGUUUCCCCAUAAAGAAUGAAUUAUGUUCUUAAGGCUGAUAUAUUGAACCUUUUAAGCUAGUAUCAUCCAGAAAAACUGUUACACAGGCAGACAAAUAGCAUUACAGCAGUGCUAGCUUCAAAUAUAGCUUUUCUGAUGUACACCGAAUGUUUAGGUCACGUGGAUGAUUUGGUUCAGUAUAGUAGUGAUAUAUUAUCAUGGUAUUCUGUCAAUAAGAAGGAAGAGGCUGUAGUAUAUUUGCAUUGGAAUUAAUCUGUUAAAAAGCUUUUACAGGAGGCUUUGUAUUCUAGAAACUUUGUAAUACGCCAUCACAUUUUGUCUAAUCAUAUGCAUACUAGGAAAAAAUAAAGGGUACAUUAUUAGAGGAAAGAAAAAUCACAUUAUUUGUUCUUCAUGUUAAAUAAUUGAAUGAUUACCACAUGUUAACUAUAUUUCAGAAACAGUAUCAGCAGUGAAAGGAUAUCAUGCUCCUAGGCAUUAAGGAAACUGCAUUCAUAACUGCUUCAUAUGUUGUUACAUGUUAUGCAGACUGCAAAAAGAAUGGACUUAGAACUCGUCGUGUGCCUGUUUUACACAUCAGUAGAAACUGUUUUUUUUUUUUAUUAAGGUAGGUAGUACUGAGAUAAUUCCCUUCAGGUGUCCAGAUCACAGUGCUCUAGUAUCAGCUGAAUGUUUCAGUUUAAGAUGUGCUCUUCAUAUGAAUGCAGUUUUGCCUGGAUCUAAGAAACAGUACCUGCAGAAAGUCUAAGAAAAUACGGCUUUUGUUUUCUGUUACAGAUAUGCCAAUAAAGACAGCAACAUACAGAUGA